CCUCCCGGGCGGGCCGGCGCGAUCCCGGGGAGGGCGGGGAGGGCGGCAGCGGGCAGACGCGGCGCUGCGCUCCGCCAGCCGGCAGCAUGCGGCCCCUGCUCUGCGCACUGGCCGGGCUUGCCCUGCUCCGCGCCUCGGGUGCCUUCACCGCUGCUGAACCCUUCAUCCCCUCCCGAGGAGACCCAGCUCGGACUGCAGGGUGUGACAGACACAUGGCUGUCCAUGGCCGGUUAGACGUCAUAGAGGAGACGGUGGAGAAGACAGUGGAGCACCUGGAGGCAGAAGUGAAAGGCUUGCUGGCUCAGCUGGAGGAGCUGGCCUGGAAUCUGCCCCCAGGCCCCUUCAGCCUGAUCCCCGACCUCGCAGAGGAGACGAUCGCCUCUCAGCACCAGAGCAAGAGCCACCCAACAGCUGGCAGUGAUACAACAGCUCUCCUCUGAGAACAGAGCCGUGCGCUCUGGCCUGCCGUCCUCAGCUUUGUGCAAAAUAAAAGCUACUCCUUUGGUCCCCUCUGUGUCUGCUGACAGUGACCCCUGCAGCCACAGCCCCUUCUCCAUCUGCUCCCAUGCGCUGAGGCUCACACCCCCUGCAGGCUCAGACCUGUACUUCCGCCCUCCUUAUUUAUAGGGGUGGACAGGGCAGGAGUUAGUUCAAGAGGUGAGGCACCUGAGAUGCAGAAUCGUUAAGGCGGCACAGUGGAAGGGCCCUUUGAGUAAACUUGUUACUCAAAAUGUGGCUGUAGGUGAACAACAGGGGUGUCACCUGGGAGCUUAUCAAAAAUGCAGAAUUCGGGGCCCUGCCCAGACCUCCUGAAUCAGAAUCUACAUUUUAAUGAGAUCCCCAGGGAAUCUGUGUGCACAUUAAAGUUUUAAAAAAUG